AUGAGUGUCGUUGGUGUCGAUUUCGGAACCCUCAAGACCGUCAUUGCCGUCGCCCGAAACCGCGGCGUCGAUGUGGUCACCAAUGAAGUCUCAAACCGAUCUACUCCUUCCUUGGUAGGCUUCGGCCCCAAGUCUCGCUACCUCGGUGAGGCGGCCAAGACCCAGGAGAUCUCCAACCUCAAGAACACCGUCGGCUCCCUCAAGCGCCUCGCCGGCCGAUCUUUCAACGACCCCGAUGUUCAGAUUGAGCAAAAGUACAUCACCGCUCCCCUUGUCGACGUCAAUGGCCAGGUCGGCGCCGAGGUCAGCUACCUGGGCAACAAGGAGAAGUUCACGGCCACCCAGCUCGUCGCCAUGUACCUGAGCAAGAUCAAGUCGACCGCCGCUGCCGAGCUUAAGCUGCCCGUGUCCGACAUCUGCAUGAGCGUGCCUCCGUGGUUCACUGACAUCCAGCGACGCGCUCUCAUCGAUGCUGCCGACAUCGCCGGCCUCAAGCUCCUCCGCCUCAUCAACGACGGCACCGCCGCUGCCCUGGGUUGGGGUAUCACCAAGCUCGACCUCCCCGGCCCCGAGGAGCGCCCCCGCCGUGUUGCCUUUGUCGACAUCGGCCACAGCAGCUACACCGUCUCCAUCGUCGAGUUCAAGAAGGGUGAGCUCGCCGUCAAGGCCACCACCUGGGACAAGGACUUUGGUGGCCGAGACUUCGACCGCGCCCUGGUCGAUCACCUCGCCAAGGAGUUCAAGGGCAAGUACAAGGUCGAUAUCAUGACCCACGGCCGUGCCCUCGCCCGCACAAUCGCCGCCGCCGAGAAGACCAAGAAGAUCCUGUCCGCCAACCAGCAGGCUCCCGUCAACAUCGAGUCGCUGAUGAACGACAUUGAUGCCUCCGCAAUGAUCACCCGCCAGGAGUUCGAGGCCAUGAUCGAGCCUCUCCUCGUCCGCACCCAGGCUCCCCUCGAGCAGGCCCUGGCCCAGGCCAAGCUCACCAAGGAGGACAUCGACAUCAUCGAGGUUGUCGGUGGUGGUUCCCGAGUCCCUGCCCUCAAGGAACGAAUCCAGGCCUUCUUCGGCAAGCCCCUCUCCUUCACCCUCAACGCCGACGAGGCUCUUGCCCGUGGCUCCGCCUUCAGCUGCGCCAUUCUCUCCCCCGUCUUCCGUGUCCGCGACUUCUCCGUCCAGGACAUCAUCAGCUACCCCAUCGAGUUCGCCUGGGAGAAGGCUCCCGAUAUCCCCGACGAGGACACCAGCCUGACUGUCUUCAACAAGGGCAACGUCAUGCCUUCCACCAAGAUCCUCACCUUCUACCGAAAGCAGCCCUUCGACCUCGAGGCUCGCUAUGCUCAACCCGAGGAGCUUCCCGGCAAGACCAACCCCUGGAUCGGCCGCUUCUCUGUCAAGAAUGUCAAGGCCGACGGCAAGGACGACUUCAUGAUCUGCAAGCUUAAGGCGCGUGUCAACAUCCACGGUGUUCUGAACGUUGAGAGCGGCUACUAUGUCGAGGACCAGGAGGUCGAGGAGGAGAUCAAUGAGGAGGGUGAUAAGAAGGAUCCCGAUGUGAGUUUUCUCGAGUCCAUGUCACGUCCCAACAUUCCCGCCCCGGGCCAGAGCCCGGAAUCUCCUUCAUCAUCCGCGUCGGUCGGAGAUGGAGGUGGUAACCAACCCGCUAAACGUCAACGUCUCGACGAAGAUGUACGGGUCAGCUCGCCUCAGCUCCCGACCGUUGUUCCCAAAGUCUCAGCCGAAUCCGUACCAGAACCCCAAUCGCUAACAUCUGCUUCCUUCAAGGCCAUGGAGACCGACAAGGAUGCCCCCAAGAAGACCCGCAAGGUCAAGAAGCAGGUCCGUAAGGGUGAUCUGCCCAUUUCGACUGGCACUGCUUCGCUCGACGAGGCUGCCAAGACUGCCCUGCUCGAGAAGGAGGCUGCCAUGGUGAUGGAGGACAAGCUUGUUGCCGACACCGAGGAGAAGAAGAACGAGCUCGAGGCUUACAUCUACGACCUCCGUGCCAAGCUCGACGACCAGUACGCCGACUUCUCCAGCGAGGAGGAGAAGCAGACUAUCAAGGCCAAGCUCGAGGCCACCGAGGACUGGCUCUAUGAUGAGGGUGAUGAUACCACUAAGGGUGUCUACAUCGCCAAGAUCGACGAGAUCCGUGCCAUGGCUGGACCCAUCGUCCAGCGCCACUUUGAGAAAGUCGAGGCGGAGCGACAAGCCGCUCUCGAGCGAGCCGAGGCCGAACGGGCUGCGAAGAAGGCUGAGGAGGAUGCUCGCAAGGCUGAGGCUGAGAAGGCCGGCGUGGACCAAGAGAUGAAGGACGCCGAUGCUCCGCAACAGGGUGGCGAGGCUGACCCCCAGUAA